AGUAGUCGCCACCCGAAAAACUCAAAUCACAACAAGCAAGAUGGUGAAGCUAACGUCAAGCGACGGUCAAGAAGUUACCGUACCAAAGGAAAUUGCAUGCCAAUCUAUUCUUAUCAAGAAUAUGUUGGAGGACGUUGGGGAGGAUGAUGACCAGCCGGUGCCUUUGCCAAAUGUCUCAGGACCAAUUCUCCAAAAAGUAAUUGAAUACGCAACCCACCACAAGGACGACCCACCGUUGCCUCCAGAGGAGGAGAUGAAACCGAAGUCCUCUGAAGAUAUUGACGAAUGGGACCGCGAAUUCACAAAUGUCGAUCAAGGCACCUUGUUUGAACUAAUUCUUGCAGCAAACUAUCUCGAUAUGAAGGGUUUACUCGAUUUGGGCUGUAAGACUGUUGCGAACAUGAUUAAGGGAAAGUCAGUUGAGGAGAUUCGCAAGACGUUCAACAUUGUUAACGAUUUCACACCAGAGGAGGAGGAGCAGAUUCGUAAGGAAAACGAAUGGUGUGAGGACCGCUAAAGUUGGGCAUGACCAAUGUCGAAUUGAUCAUAGUGGAGUGGAAGUGAAGGACACUGUGAAAUAUCAGAUCGAUCUCAAAAUCCGAGUAACUAGGAGAGGCUAGUGCCAUGCGGAGCAAGUUCUCGUAAUUAUAUUUUUCGCCGAAAUGCUACAUUUGCGUGCAGUGGUGCGUCAGGUUACAGUAGAAUCCUGUCAGUAACAAUUGAAUAUUUUCUUUUGGUUGUACCGAACCAUUCCGCCA